GUGUCACUUGCUAUGGAAAAACGUUUACCCAACUUUACAGGAGGAAAAACACCUUUCAAGUUUGAAGAGCAAAACCCAAAAACAAGCAAAGUUCCAAAUCUCCCCACCUCUCCAAUCACUUUCUUUAAAAUUCCUCCACCACCAUUCUAUAACAUUAUUAUUACUCUACAUACUCCUAUCUCAUAGGAAUAUUAUACUACUAUAUCUUCACUCUUCUCAAAAAAUUAAGAUUCUAGGUUUGAUGGGUGAUUGAUUUCUCUUGAAAUCCUAAAUUCUGGAUCUUUUUAUUUCCGACUUUUCUGAGAUUAAAAAUUACUCAUUUUGAUAUUUCAGAAGAUGGGUAAGGUGGUAAUUGUUGCUACAGUGUUGGGAGCUGCGGUAGUUUGUGCAGUAGGGGGGUUAAUUGUCAGCCGUCGGAUGAAAAAUGGGGCAAAUUGGAGGCGUACGAUGGAGAUAUUGAGGGAUUUUGAGGAGAAAUGUGGGACCCCAAUUGAGAAAUUGAAGCAGGUGGCUGAUGCCAUGGUUAUGGAAAUGCAUGCUGGUCUUGCUUCUGAUGAUGGCAGCAGUAUUAAGAUGCUUAUCAGCUAUGUUGACAAUCUCCCAACUGGAGAUGAGGAUGGUUUGUUUUAUGCACUGGACCUUGGUGGUACGAACUUCCGUGUUCUUCGAGUUCAGUUGGGUGGCAAAGAUGGUGGUAUCAAGCAUCAGGAAUUUGCUGAAGUUCCAAUCCCCGUGGAAUUGAUGAUUGGAACGUCAGAUGAUCUUUUUGGUUAUAUUGCUAGUGAGGUUGCAAAGUUUAUCGCUCAAGAAGGUCCAGAGUUUCAACUUCCUUCUGGUAGAGAAAGGGAACUUGGUUUUACCUUUUCAUUCCCUGUAAUGCAAACAUCCAUUGACUCCGGAACUUUGAUCACUUGGGCAAAAGGCUUCUCGAUAGAUGAUACGGUUGGUAAGGAUGUAGUGGAAGAGUUGGCAAAAGCAUUGAAGAAGCAAGGUGUUGAUAUGCAUGUCACAGCUUUGGUAAAUGAUACAGUUGGUACAUUAGCUGGAGGUCAAUUCUCAAACAAAGAUGUCAUUGCUGCUGUGAUAUUGGGCACAGGAACAAAUGCCGCAUAUGUCGAACGUGCAGAGGCCAUACCUAAAUGGCGUGGUCCAUUACCGAAAUCAGGAGAGAUGGUUAUCAACAUGGAAUGGGGCAACUUCCAGACAUCAAAUCUUCCAUUGACUGAAUACGACUAUGCUUUGGAUUAUCACAGUCCUAACAGUGGUGAGCAGAUUUAUGAAAAGAUGAUUUCUGGAAUGUAUUUGGGUGAAAUUGUACGUAGAGUUCUGUGCCGAAUGGCUGAAGAAGCUUCCUUCUUUGGUGAUACCAUUCCCCCAAAACUGCAUAUUCCAUUCAUCUUGAGGACACCUGACAUGUCAGCUAUGCAUCAUGAUUCAUCACCCGAUCUUGAGAUUGUAGGCUCUACAAUGAAGGAUAUAUUAGAGAUACCAAUGCUUUCCCUCAAGAAAAGGAAAGUCAUUUACGACCUCUGCAAAAUUGUGGCAACACGUGGGGCUCGUCUUGCUGCAGCGGGAAUUUCGGGGAUUUUGAAGAUAGUGGGAAGAGACACAUUGUCAAGCAACGAUGAGAAGCGAAAAAGUGUUAUAGCCAUGGAUGGUGGAUUAUACGAGCAUUAUGAAGAAUUCCGAAAAUGCCUAGAGCACACAUUGAAAGAGCUUCUCGGGGAUAAAGUCUGGGAAAGAAUCUCCAUUGAGCAUGCUAAUGAUGGUUCGGGAAUUGGAGCUGCUCUUCUUGCUGCUUCUCACUCCCGCUACCUUGAGGACAACGAAACUCAAGAAGAUAUUGUAGUUGUUCCAGCUAUGCUAUCAGAUGAUUAACAGGAUAGUGCAACACUUCUUAAUCAUGUAAUCUUGUUGGUAUUUUUGCUCUCACAAUUUUUUGUCCUCCCAGAAUGUAUUAAGCACCUUAAUGGAAACACAUAGGGUGAAAGUUAAUGCAGAAUUUUUUCUCUUCAAAAUCAAUAGAAUGGGAAAUUCAAUAUGGUGUAACUUCAAACAUUUUAUAUUAUAUCAUACCUUGGUUUAAACA